UAAUUCUUGUGGAGUCUGAGAGGGCCUCGAUAAAUUGACGUCGUCUCGCGAUCUGAGAUCUCCGCCGCACAUAUCCUCGAUCCCUCCGCCGUCACUCCUUUCGCGUCCUCUUCCUUACACCCAUCCAUAUCAAGAGCCCCUCCGAGCCCUAAUCCCCCUACUGAUCUGAUAUUGGGCUUUUCUUCUCCGCUUUUUGCUGCUGCUGCCUACGAGAAUACAAUCCUCAUAAAGGAGCUCGGAGCUGGUCAUUGGGACCUCGAAUAGGAGUGAGGAAGGGGAGGAAGAAGAGCCGGUGAGCGCGAGGGAUGAAGAAUUACGGACUCCGGCUUCGAUUUCCGCUGGUGCAGAAGACCUCGAAGCCAGCUCCUCCUCGCCCUUCCCUUCCUGCCUUCGCUUUCGGCGGCGGCGACGACGAGGAUGACAUCGAGAGGGAAAUCUCACGGCAGGCGUCCAAGAACAAGUCUCUCCGGAAGAUCGAGGAGCAGCACAAAAAGGCAAUGGAAGAGGAUCCCUCGGUCUUCGACUACGACGGGGUUUACGACGAGAUGAAAGGGAAGAUUGCGCGCCCCAAGGUUCAGAAUCGAACGGAGAGAAAGUCAAAGUAUAUAGAAACACUUAUGGAGAAAGCAAAACAACGUGAGCGGGAACAUGGAAUUGUAUAUGAGAGGAAGCUGCUGAAAGAGAGGAGCAAGGAUGAUCACCUUUUUGCAGAUAAGGAAAAGUUUGUAACCGGUGCCUACAAGAAAAAGCUAGCAGAACAAGCUAAAUGGUUGGACGAAGAGAGGCUGCGCCAAAUUCGUGAAGAAAGAGAUGAUGUAACCAAGAAGAGUGACUUGAGCGAUUUUUACUUUGGGCUCGGUGAGAAUGUAGCUUUUGGUGCUCAAUCAGAAGAUGCCACAAAACGGAAGGAACAAAAGCCACCCGGAGGCACUUCAGCGGUACCUGAACAUGGCCCUACUGAGAAGAAUGCACAGACAGAUUAUACUCGGGAUAUAGAGAAAGUUGAUACUCAAGCCAAGACUUCUAGUCAUACACAGAACAACUCUGAGCAAGCUGCAGAGUUAACAACAUCAGAUGUAACUGUAAAAGGUUACGAUGAUGGUGAUAAAUUGGCAGCUGUGGAUCAAUCAACUGAACGUUACACGAGAGGUGAUGACGCAUUGGCUUCAGCAAGAGAGCGUUUUCUAACUCGAAAGAGAGCAAGACAGCAUAACCUCAUCGGUUAUUUAGUUUUUGAGGAACUCAAGAAGUGCACCUCUUGCUACAGUCUAGCCAUUUCUGACUACCUGGGAGCUGAUAUGUCAUGCAGCCCAUCAGUACAAGCAGACCUUAAUAACCUUCAAGUUGGAAUUGAUCUUCAUGGUGCUGAGAUCAAGGAGCAGCACAAAAAGGCAAUGGAAGAGGAUCCCUCAAUCUUCGACUACGAUGGGGUUUACGACGAGAUGAAGGGGAAGAUUGCGCGCCCCAAGGUUUAG